AUGUCAAACGAUAUUCCUAUCGAUUUCACUGAAUUGACUCAGUUGACACAAUUGGGAAUUCCACAAACUUCAUUAGAUUUCAAAUCAACAACCUUAGAAUCAGACAGUUACAUAUGUGUACGUGAGUCAGGGGCACAAGGUAAUACCGUUGCCAUUGUUAAUUUAAAAAACAAUAAUGAAGUCACCAGAAAGAAUAUGACUGCUGAUAAUGCAAUCAUGCAUCCAAAGGAGUUUGUAAUUUCCUUAAGAGCCAACGGAACCACUUUACAAAUCUUCAACUUGGGCAGCAAACAAAGAUUAAAGGCUUUUACUAUGGAUCAACCAGUGAUAUUCUGGAAAUGGCUCAAUGAUCAAUACUUGGGUUUAGUCACUCAAUCUUCUAUUUACUACUGGAAUGUAUUUGACGGAACCAAUGACGGUCCAAUUAAGUUAAGCGAUAGACAUCACACUUUAAACAAUUGUCAAAUCAUCAACUUUGUUGCCGAACCAGCUUUAAACUGGUUUGCCGUUACUGGUAUUGCCCAAGAAGAUGGUCGUAUUGCUGGUCAUAUUCAAUUAUAUUCCAAAUCAAGAAACGUUUCUCAAGCAAUUGAAGGUCACGUUUGUAAAUUCGCUUCCCUUACAUUAUCUGGUGCCGUUCAACCAACUAAAGUUUUUUGUGUUGGUAAUAAGAAUGCCCAAGGUCAAGGUAAUUUGCACAUUAUUGAAAUAGACCAUGUUGACGGAAACCCACCAUUCCCAAAGAAAGCUGUUGAUAUCUUUUUCCCACCUGAUGCUGCUAAUGAUUUCCCAAUUAGUUUGCAAGCUUCAGACAGAUAUGGUAUUAUUUAUGUUUUGACCAAAUAUGGUUUUAUACAUUUAUACGAUAUGGAAACUGGUGGUAACUUGUUUGUUAACAGAAUCACUGCUGAUCCUGUUUUCACUGCCACUAGCUACAACGACGGUACUGGUUUGUUGACCAUUAACAAAGCCGGUCAAGUUUUGAGUGUUGAAGUUUCUCGUGACAAGAUUGUUCCAUAUGUUUUGGACAAAUUAUCUAAUGUUCCAUUAGCUUUGGCUUUAUCUUCCAGGGGCGGAUUCCCAGGUGCCGAAAACUUGUUCCAACAACAAUUCCAAACUUAUUUGAAUCAAGGUGAUUAUGCCAAUGCUGCUAAAGUUGCUGCUUCUUCAGAACAAUUACGUACUCAAGAUACCAUUAACAAAUUGAAACACAUUACUCCACAACCAGGUCAAAUUUCUCCAAUUUUACAAUAUUUCUCCACUUUAUUGGACAGAGGAACUUUGAACAAAUUUGAAUCCAUUGAAUUGGCUAAACCAGUUUUGCAACAAGAUCGUAAACCAUUGUUUGAAAAAUGGUUGAAGGAAGAUAAAUUGACCUCAUCUGAAGAAUUGGGUGAUAUUGUCAAAUCAUACAAUGAUACUACUUUGGCUCUUGCCGUUUAUAUCAGAGCCAAUGUCAACAUCAAGGUUGUUUCUUGUUUGGCUGAAUUGGGUGAAUUUGAUAAAAUUUUGCCAUACUGUCAAAAAGUUGGCUACAAUCCAGAUUAUACCAACUUGAUCCAAAACUUGGUCAGAGUCAACCCAGAUAAAGCCAGUGAAUUUGCUACCUCAUUGUUAGCUAGUCCAGAUGCUAACUUGAAUGUUGAACAAAUUGCUGAUUUAUUCUUCUCUCAAAACUAUAUUCAACAAGGUACUGCAUUCUUGUUGGAUGCUUUGAAGAAUGAUUCUCCAGCUGAAGGUCAUUUACAAACCAAAGUCUUGGAAAUCAAUUUAUUACAUGCUCCACAAGUUGCCGAUGCUAUUUUGGGUAACCACAUGUUUAGCCAUUACGAUAAACCAACCAUUGGUAAAUUGUGUGAAAAAUCUGGUUUGUUCCAAAGAGCUUUAGAACACUACGAUGAUUUGAAAGAUAUCAAGAGAGUUAUUGUCCACACUAAUGUCUUACCAAGUGAUUGGUUGGUUUCUUACUUUGGUCAAUUGAAUGUUGAACAAUCCCUUGCUUGUCUUAAGGAAUUGUUGAGCCAAAAUGUUCAACAAAACUUGCAAGUUAUUAUCCAAGUUGCUACCAAAUACUCUGAAUUGAUUGGUCCUAUGAAGUUGAUUAAGCUUUUUGAAGAAUACAAAUGUACUGAAGGCUUAUACUACUACUUGAGUUCUAUUGUUAACUUGACCCAAGAUCCAGAUGUUGUUUUCAAAUACAUCCAAGCUGCCGCCAAGAUGAACCAAACCAAAGAAAUUGAAAGAGUUGUUAGAGACAACAAUGUUUACAAUGGUGAAAAGGUUAAAAACUUUUUGAAAGAAUUCAAAUUGGAUGAUCAAUUACCAUUGAUCAUUGUUUGUGACAGAUUCAACUUUGUUCACGAUUUGAUUUUGUACUUGUACAAGAACCAAUACUUUAAAUUCAUUGAAGUCUAUGUUCAAUCAGUCAACCCAACAAACACCCCACAAGUUGUUGCCGGUUUAUUGGAUGUUGAUUGUGAUGAAGAAAUCAUUAAAGGUUUGUUGAUGUCUGUCUUGGGUAGAGUUCCAAUCAAAGAAUUAGUUGAAGAAGUUGAAAAGAGAAACAGAUUGAAGAUUUUGUUGCCAUUCUUGGAAAAGACUUUGGAAGGUGGCUCUAAUGAUCAAGAAGUUUACAACACUUUGGCAAAGAUUUACAUUGAUUCCAACAAUUCUCCAGAGAAAUUCUUGCAAGACAACAACAACUAUGACACUUUAGUUGUUGGUAAAUACUGUGAAAAGAGAGAUCCAUACUUGGCUUACAUCUCUUACAGUAAAGGUGGUAACGAUGACCAAUUGAUUGCUAUUACCAAUGAAAACAAGAUGUUCAAAUAUCAAGCUAGAUACUUGUUGUCCAAGUCUGAUCUCACUUUGUGGAACAAAGUUUUAACUGCUGACAAUAUCCACAGAAGACAAUUGGUUGACCAAGUUAUCUCUACUGGUAUUCCAGAAUUGGAUGACCCAGAACCAAUUUCCAUCACUGUCAAGGCUUUCAUGGAUAAUGAUUUACCAGAAGAAUUAAUGGAAUUAUUGGAAAAGAUCAUCUUGGAACCAUCUCCAUUUAGUGAAAACGCUUCUUUACAAGGUUUGAUGAUUUUGACUGCUAUCAAAGCCGAUUCAUCUAAAGUUUCUAGCUACAUUGAAAAAUUGGAUAAAUUUGAUCCAGCUGAAAUUGCUCCAUUGUGUAUUGAUAAUGGUUUGAACGAAGAAGCCUUUGAAGUUUAUGACAAAUUUGAAAUGAGAACAGAUGCUAUGAAAGUUUUAGUUGAAGAUAUUGUUUCUUUGGACAGAGCCGAACAAUAUGCUGAAAAAUACGAUACUCCAGAAUUAUAUUAUCAAUUGGGUACUGCUCAAUUAGAUGGUUUACGUAUUCCAGAAGCUAUUGAUUCUUAUGUCAAAUCCAAGAACCCAGAAAACUUUGCUCAAGUUAUUGAAAUUGCUGAACAUGCUGGUAAAGAAGAAGAAUUGAUUAGUUUCUUAGAUAUGGCUAGAGAAACUUUAAGAGAACCAGUUAUUGAUGGUGCUUUGAUCAAUGCUUAUGCUACCUUGGAUAGAUUAAGUGAUAUGGAAAAAUUUGUUGGUGGUUCCAAUGUUGCUGAUUUGGAAGCUAUUGGUGACAAAUUGUUUGAAGCCAAGAACUACAAAGGUGCCAAGAUUUUGUAUUCCAAUGUUUCUAAAUACUCCAAGUUGGCUACUACAUUGGUUUAUUUAGGAGAUUACCAAGGUGCUGUUGAUUGUGCUAGAAAGGCUUCUAACACUCAAGUCUGGAAACAAGUUAACAAUGCUUGUAUUGAAAACAAAGAAUUCAGAUUGGCUCAAAUUUGUGGUUUGAACUUGAUUAUUGAUGCAGAAGAAUUACCAGAAUUGGUUAGAACCUAUGAAUACAAUGGUUACUUUAAUGAAUUGAUUUCCCUUUUCGAAAGUGGUUUAGGUUUGGAACGAGCUCACAUGGGUAUGUUUACUGAAUUAGCCAUCUUGUAUGCUAAAUACUCCCCAGAAAAGGUUAUGGAACAUUUGAAAUUAUUCUGGUCUAGAAUCAACAUUCCAAAAGUUUUAACUGCUUGUGAAGAAGCUCAUUUGUACCCAGAAUUGAUUUUCUUGUACUGCCACUAUGAAGAAUGGGAUAACGCUGCUUUGACUAUGAUUGAAAGAUCCGAAGUUGCUUUUGACCAUUCAUCAUUCAAGGAAAUUAUUGUUAAGGCACCAAACUUGGAAAUCUACUACAAAGCUAUCCAAUUCUACAUGAAUGAACAACCAUCAUUGUUGGUUGAUUUGUUGCAAGUUUUAACACCAAAAUUAGAUUUGCCAAGAGUUGUUAGAAUGUUUGUUCAAAGUGAUAACUUGCCAAUGAUCAAACCAUUCUUGAUUUCUGUUUUGGAAAAGAACAAUUCUGUUGUCAACUCUGCUUACCACGACUUGUUGAUUGAAGAAGAAGACUACAAAUCCUUGAGAUCAUCUAUUGAAAACGAAAGCAACAAUAGAUUCAAUAAAUUGGAUUUGGCUGAAAGAUUAGAAAAACAUGAAUUGAUUUUCUUUAGACAAAUUGCUGCUACUUUGUACACCAAAGAAAAGAAAUUCAACAGAGCUAUUUCUAUUUUGAAGACUGAUAAGUUAUGGCCAGAUUUAUUAAAGACUGUUGCUAUUGCCAAAUCCAACAAGAUUGCUCAUGAAAUGUUGGAUUAUUUUGUUGAAACAGGUAACCAUGAAUGUUUUGUUGCUUUGUUGUACACUUCAUAUGAUUACAUUAACUAUGAUUACGUAGUUGAAUUAUCUUGGUUACACAACUUGUCCAACUUUAUUAAACCAUAUGAAAUUUCUAUUGUUUAUGAAAACAACAAGAAAUUGAAUGAAGUUUAUCAAGAUUUGAAAAAGAGACAAGAAUUGGAAAAGAAGAAUGAAGAAGAACCAUCAACUGCCGGUGCACCAUUGAUGCUUACUAAUGGACCAAUGAGUUAUCAAGGUACUGGAGUUGGUAGCAACCUUGGAUACCAACCAACUGGUACUGGAUUUGGUAAUGCUUUUUAA